GUCGCCUAUAGCCUCUCUUGCACCUCUUGCACUUGAGAUCCACAGUGGGCGCCGUGCGGGGCUUGGCUACAGACACACUCUCUGUGUCUCUGUGCACUGCGUGAUUUCUCUUGCACCCGGCUGCAGAGGUUUAACACAGUCGACCGGCAUGGGUCGAAGGCGGUGUGCCGGUGGGUGCCCGGGUCAUUAGGGGUGUAUGCGCAGGACGUUGCGAGCCGACGCCAGUGACCGGGCAGGUGAUGUUUGCUCACGUAAGCCGCUCGCGUUUGAUGAGGGGCGCAGGGGACGCGGCUGGAGGGUGCGCGCUACUGUUGCAUCGCCUCGCCGGAUAACCGCUGCUAUCUCAUCCUGUCCGUCAGUUCCUCCCCGUUUUUCUGUUCUCUUUUUUUUUUUAUUUUUUUGCUCGCCGACUAACGGGUUUGCAGAAGUGGGACUCUUUUGACGAUCGAAAGAAGUGGAUAAAGGACCCGAUCUUGCGUGUGCGUGGAGUGCGUAUCAUUUCUUGUGAUUCCCCUGUACGCGCAAGCCGCUUUUUUUUCAUUCCAGAGAGGCAAUGCGCCCACCCAUGCGAUGCUAGCCUAUUAGCUGGAGGAGAGAGAGAGAGAGAGAGAGAGAGAGAGAGAGAGAGAGAGAGAGAGAGAGAGAGAGAGAGAGAGAGAGAGAGAGAGAGAGAGAGAGAGAGAGGUUUCAGCCCUGGAUUCGAGAGGAGGCUAAUUUACGAGUCUUGUUUUGCCUUUCAGGAAAAGGGGAGAUAAGAGGGGGAGGGUGGUUGGUGAAGGAGAAUGCAGCAAUCACAUUUUUAAGCAUGCAGAAGCGGGCCGUUUCCGGUUCCUAGGCUGGUGUGUCCCCCCCAUCCGAGGCCAGCAGCCGUAUGGGGAAAGCAGCGGCAGACACAGAUGGCAUGGACACUUCCACAAGGUCUGCCGCUCUGCCCUGCCUGCUCUGCCGGAGCCCGUUCGCCGCCGUCUCUCUCUUCCAGCUCGCUCCGCCGCCCAGCAGCACUGCAGCACAGCACAGGCUGACGGCAUGAGGCUUGAUCCAGUGCAUUUCUCCAUGCUGGUCAUCGGGGUCUCCUUCGCCUGUUACGCCCCGAGUCUCAACUCCCUCCAGGACCAGGCGUACCGAUCCGCCGUGGUCAUCGAGGGCGAGGUGCGCUCCUCCCCGGAGAACGUCUCCUCCCGGGAGCCCUACAGUGUGAAUGUCAAAGUGCUGGACGUGUGGCCCGUCAACAGCGGCGGCCUCGAGAGGGAGCAGCUCGUGACCGUCGGGGACUUCGGUUCCGAGGCCCCGUGCACCACAGUGGAGAAGGACCACAGAUAUAUCUUUUUCAUGGACCCCACUGCUGAGCCCUUGGUAUUCAAGGCAUCGUACGCCCCUGUGGACGCCAGCGAGCCGGAGCUGAAGAAGGAUGUGGAGAAGGUGUUGUGCGAGGACUGCGCCUCUGCUCCUAAGCUUCGUCUGACGCGAGGCCAGUCUCUGGUGGAAGGGGACAAGCUGUACUUGAAGUGCGAGGCGUCGGGGAAUCCCAGCCCUUCCUUCCGCUGGUACAAAGAUGGACAUGAGCUUCAGAAAGGCAGAGACCUAAAAAUAAAGACCAACAAGAAAAACUCAAAGGUGCAGAUCAGUCGCGUCCGUGUGGAAGACUCUGGCAACUACACCUGUGUGGCUGAAAACUCACUAGGACAAGAAAACGUCACGAGUAUAAUCAGCGUGCAGAUCUUGACCACCACCACCACCCCGUCUUCAGGUGUGAGUCACGCGAGGCGCUGCAACGACUCGGAGAAGGCCUACUGCGUCAACGGAGGAGACUGUUACUUCAUACAUGGUAUUAACCAGCUGUCCUGCAAGUGUCCCAAUGACUAUACGGGGGACCGCUGUCAAAACUCCGUCAUGGCCGGUUUCUACAAGCUGCUCAGAAUUGAAUUUAUGGAGGCUGAGGAAAUCUACCAGAGGCGGGUGCUGACGAUCACAGGCAUCUGUGUGGCGCUGUUGGUGGUUGGCAUCGUUUGUGUGGUGGCCUACUGCAAAACCAAGAAGCAGAGGCAGAAGAUGCACAGUCACCUACACCAGAAUCAGAAUCAGUGUGUGGAGCAACCCAACCGCAUGCUGGCCAACGGCCCCAACCACCCCGGGCCCGGGCCCGAGGAGAUCCCCAUGGUUGACUACAUCUCCAAGAGCAUCCCAACGACAGAGUGUGUGAUCAGCCACGGAGCUGAGGGUGCAGGCAACUACGCAGGCAGCCGAAUGUCUACGCGCUCCCACCACUCGACCACUGCCUCACAUGCUUCCAGACACGAGGAGCAGACGUGGAGCAUGGAGCGAACAGAGAGUAUGAACUCAGACUGCCAGUCAGGUGGGCUGUCCAGCUCUGUGGGAACCAGUAAGUGCAGCAGCCCGGCAUGCAUGGCGAGGAGGGCCCAUUGGGGCUGCACGGACAUGUCUGGACCGGGAAUGCAGUACGGGGAUUCCUACGACUCUCUAAGAGACUCGCCUCACAGUGACAGGUAUGUGUCGGCGCUGACCACGCCAGCGCGCCUGUCUCCCGUGGAGUUCCACUACCCCCCGUUGCCGCCCCAGGUGCCCACCUUCCACAUCACCUCGCCCAACACAAGCCACGCCCUCUCCCUGCCCCCCGCCGCUGCCGCCUACCACAGAGAGGACGACCAGCCGCUGCUACGAUGCCCCGAUGAUGGAAGUUUAUACAGGCAGCCCCGGCGUCCGCGGCGACCCUACCUGACGGAGAGCACCGGAAGCCUACCGUCCAGCCCCUACCGUCUCGCCGACGACGAGGCGUACGAGACCACGCAGGAGUACGCCUCUUCGCGGGAACCCAUCCGGAGCCGGCGCCGCCCGCGACGCAACCGCCUCAACGGACACAUCUCCCAGCGGUCAACGGGCCUACGGGACUACAGCUCACAGAGUUUCAGCCAGUCAGAGGAGGAGGAGGAAGAGGAGGAGGAAGAGGACGGCCACGGGGAGAGCACACCUUUCCUUAGUAUGCAGAACAUGAACAUGGACCCGCCCUUAACCCUUCCGGGUUUCCGUUCGUCUUCUGGUGCGGACACACGGACUCACCGCGGGCUGAGUCGGCCGGGGACACGCAGCAACGGGCAGAGCCGCGGCUCCCAGUCGCAGCGCUCCAAGGCUGACAACAUGCACCUUUAAGACUUAACCUCCCCCCCCUGCCACCACCCACCCCUCCACCUCACACACUCCCCUUCCUCCUACAGUACACACAACCAGUGGACUAGAGACCUGCACCUAGGAGAAAUAUUUUUAUUUUGUAUAACAGACAGAUAUUCUAAACAAAUGAAAUAUUUAUUUUCAUUUCAGCAAAAAUUGUCUACUAGCUAACAGCAAAGACUUUUUUUAUAACGGGGGGGGAAAUAUUUAUAUGUAAAGUUUUUUGAUUUACAGCAUUAUGAGAGAUGAAAAAAUAAGAGAAUUACGUGCCAAUUUUUUCACAAGUUAGAUAAAUAGAAUAAUAUUGUGGUGCCUUUUGCUGUAUGCUGAAGUCGGAGGUCCCAUUGAGUUUUUGUAGCCUUUCUUAUAAAGACUCCUCGUUUUUAUAGAGACCAACCAUAUUCCUUCCUAUUGCUUUGGUUUUCUCUCUGAUUUGGGAUCUUCCUCUUUUUGAACUGUGAUCUGAUUAUGUCAUCAUGCAAUAUUGAUUCCUCCUGUGUAAAAGGUGUCUGUUUACAUGAGUAUGAUCCACGCGAUGCGCUCGUUUCACAGGGACAUUGGUCACUGACGCAAUCGGAAGUGUAGGGUAGUUUUUCUCGGAUGAUUUUUGGAUGAAUCACAUCGGCCAUUUAUGUCCUCGUUCGCUGCCUGUCAUUUGUUGUUAUUUCUGUGAAAACGAGAGUGUUAGGAAGUUGUUGAGGGGAAGUAACUCCAGAUUCCUGCGUAGGUGUUCAGGGUGCUGCAAUGACGUUGGUGUUGUGUGUGUGUGCGUGGCUGUGUGCCUGUGUGUGUGUGUGAAUGUGUGUGUACGCGUGUGCGUGUGUGCAUGUGUGUGUGUACACCUCAUGAAACCUAAUUUGGUUUGGCGCCUCCGUUCACCUUGGAAUGCGUGGUCUCUUGUUUGACUGACAUGCUCCUCUCACCAAUCCUCACGCUGCCAGAAGCUUCAUUGCACUGUAAGAACCUCCCUCCGUGAGCAGUCAUUGGCCAGGGAGCUGCCAAUCCAAACCGAACCUAACCAAUCCAGUUGUAAUCCAGCCUGACUCUGGCCUCCCGUGGACUGCCCAGCCCGCCCGUUUCCUAUGCCAGCAGCUUAGAGCCGCACUGUGUCUCAGGACUUCCCCAUCGCAUCACAGCCAAAAGACUCAAAGCAGAGAGCGCACGUCAUCUCAGUCACAGUUCAGUCCGCAGGCCAGAUCCACAUCCCCUCACUCUCCUUCCUGUCUGUCUGUCAGGUUUGUUGCAUUCACUCAUGGCCAUGAUUAAAGGAGCGUGGGUAAAAACUCUUGGAAUCAGAAAGGUGAUUCAGUUGCUUUUUUUUUACUUUAAGAGGUCGUGUGUAUGUGUAAGUGGGCAUGUGUGUCGCUGUGUGUGGGUCACGAUGAAAAAAUGAUGCGGAGACCACAUCUGUUCACUAUGUUGCAGGGGCAUAACUAGGAAAAUUCUGGGCCCCCUGAGAGGAAGAUAUUGCUCUGGGUUCCCCACGUUUUCUUUUUUUUCUUACUAAUAUAAGCCUGCUACUUUACGGGCCCUCCCAAACUGUGGGCCCCUGGAAUCACCACCACCUUUCACCCCUGUAGCGGUGACAUGGCUCUAAUGGGAAAAAAUCGCUUGCAGGUCGCUGCGUGCAGGUUCACACUGCUAGAGAGUGAGUUUCUGAGUCUGAUUCUACUUUUUUUCUUUAGCUCACAGCCAAACGGUGGUAUAUGAUAAUACUGAUUACUGCAUCCUUGAUUUGCAUUCCUAUACCUUUAUUGAUUGAACUUCUUUUGCUUGGUCAUAUUGACUGAAUGAUCUGUUAUCUGUCUGUCUCUGUCAGCCCCCUCCACCUCACAUCGCCCCCUCACCUUCAUCUCGUCUUUCUCACCCCCAUCCCCCCUUCACAAGCAACUAGCAGGUGAAUUUAGGCCCCAUCUCCAGAUGAGUAUACUGAACAGCACACGAACAGUAGGCUGAUCAGGUCAGAAACUCUUCACCGUCAGAUACACGUCGGGCUUAGAGACCCUUUCAAGCUCACUGAGGGGAAUGAUACUGUGUCAGAUACAAUAUGUGUCCCUAUUAGAGUUAAUUUACAAUAAGUGGAGUUUUUGUUCUUUUUUUUCCACACAGGAGAUGCAUGGAUCACAGAUAUAGAAAGUAUUUUAAAAAUGGUGAAAAACCCCUUCAGAUUCAGGGGAAUCAUUCUAGAAAUUUAUUUAAAAAAACAUUUUUGGGUUCAUGGCCCAAAAGGUCUGGAUAAUUAUGUCUUACUAUCACUGUAUUCAAUCUGGGAUUUACAAUGUGGAAAUACUGCAAGUGAGGGUAGUGUGCUUUUAGAGCUAGUUGAAUUGUUAACACCCCCCCCACCACACCCCCGCCCCUUUCCUCUUUUUCCUCACCCUGCACUCCCCUAUUUUCCCUUUACAUACACAUAUACAACACACACAUGUUUCACACAUCAUACACUCCUCACACUCAAUGAGCACACACAGACACACAAACCAUUAUAUGACACACACACACAGACACACACACACACACACACACACACACACACACAGAACCCUACCAUGUUUGUGUUUGUCAAGCAGUUUGCCUUUGUCUUUUUUACCUCCCGACUCCCUCUCUCCUCCCUCCUCUCUCCCACCCUCCCUCCCCCUCCCCCUCCCUCCUCCCCCUUUCCUCUCACCCCCAACCCCUCUGCAUGUCCUAGUGGUACUGGUAGUUGGGUGCAUGGAAAAAGCAGCAAGCAAAUCGUUUUUCCACUCGGUGAAAAAAAUAAAAAUGUGUCUUCAUUUUAACAUUCAGCAAUAAAUCCCCUUUCUCUUCAUGUCCAUCAUUCUUGGAAUAUGCUAGAAGAUUUUUUGCAAGUUUUAUCAAAAACAUACUACUUGUAAAAGAAGACAAAUCCAAAACCACCCCUUCAUAUGAAAAAUAAAACUUUAUUCCUACCA